AUGGCUGCAACAGGAUCUGAUACAGCCAUCCUAGCGGUAGAAGCACAACUGAAAGACAUCGUGCAAAAUCUCUACAACCUUAUCGUACAGUCAUUUGACCAUCAUGGAAGCAAGACGCAAGAGGCCAUGAAGCGAGAGAUCCAGUCCUUGGUUCAAAAUCUCGUGAAGCUGUCGCGAACGGCACCUUCAGUACACAUCGACAUCCCUCCCGAGGUCACGACCUAUGUUGAGAACUCCAGGAAUCCCGACAUCUUCACCCGCGAGUUUGUCGAGACUGUACAGCGAAUGAACCAAAUGCUGAAAGGCCGCGCUGACGCGUACCGGUUGCUACAAGAGCAGCUCGCAUGGCAGCUUACAAAUGCGAUGCCAGAGCUGAAAGACGAUAUUGCCGGCGUACUUAAAGCUACUGGUGGCAAUGUCCGAGCAUGA